UUCUAGUAUCUUGUACUAGCUCACACAUCGAACUCAUUCGCCAGCCGCGAGUGUUUCCAAGUCGGCGGGGAUCGCAUCAGUUGAUCUGCUGAAAUGGCGCAGGAAUCAACGUCUUGUGCGAGAACACCGCGCUCUGACCCAUGUUUUCUGUGCGCUCGCUCAUCUGUUCAGAUGAUGUCCUGCAAGGACAGCCAUUGGCUCUUGUCUCAGACCUUCCCCGAGGUGAUUGGUGGAGUGAUUAGCACUCAGUUUGUGACCUCUACAGUAAGCUUCCUUCCGCUACGUUUUUAAUAGUAAAGCGUCAUGCGCUAUAUACCGCUCAAACAAAGCUAUUCGUUUAGACGAUGUGUCAGAGUUCUGCAGCACAUUUGAAACAGGACGACUUUUUGAAAGGUGCUCUUCAUAGAAAGCACCCUGGUGUGACAAACCUCAAAACAGUGCGCCUGCCAGAGCAACUACAGACAGCAGCACAAUCCGUCCUCAAAAGUGUAGAUGUAAAAAGUCUGAGUGAAAAGGCACAUAAGCUGUCAAACUUCCUUUGGAGCAGGAAACGGGCCACGGAAACCUCUCAACUCAGGAAGAAAGCCAUCCUUCUUGAGAAGAAGUUUUUGGAGCAAGAGAAGGAUAUCCACACAGAUGGCAUUGACAAUAAACUGGAAGAUAGAAUAAGAAAGAAGGUAUUAUCUGAACUGAAAAGAACAACAUACCACAGGACUCCCCUGAGGUACACUGAAGAUCUCGGGUUGAUGUAUAUGGCUGCUAGGCUCGCAGGUGGUUAUGCUGCUGUCCUCAGAGCAUUAAACGAGAUUAAGAAGAGAGAUUCUGUGUUUGAGCCAUAUUCUCUUCUGGACUUUGGAUCGGGACUUGGAACAGGUACUUGGGCAUCCCACAGACUCUGGGGAGACUCACUGAAAGAGUAUGUUUGUGUAGACAGUUCUGGAGACAUGAACACCUUGGCAGAACAGCUACUUCGUGGAGGCAAUGAGGUGGAUGAUCUAUUGAUCAAACAAGUAUAUUUCCGCCAGUUCCUCCCUGUGUCUCCUAAGGUGCAGUUUGAUCUUGUGAUAGGGGCUUUCUCUUUGUCAGAACUGGCUACUUUGGAGGAGCGGGUGAACGUUAUUGCCACCCUUUGGAGAAAAACCAACUCCUACCUUGUACUGGUGGAGAAUGGAACCAAGGAUGGCCAUCAGAUCCUUAUGGAGGCCAGAGACACUAUAUUAAAGAGAGAAGAGGAAUUAAAACAUGACUUGAGGAGACCAUCUAUAUUUGCACCCUGCACUCAUGAGCUGCCUUGUCCCAAGUUGAUGAGGCAAAAUGUAGUACCUUGUAACUUCACCCAGUUCUACUAUUCUCUGCCUUUACCUAAGAGCCAAGAAAGGCAGAAGGAGACGUUCAGUUACCUGAUUAUAUCCAGGUCCCAUGAGGAGAAGCCUCAAAAGACUGAGCACUGGGACAUGGCCAGACUGAUUUCACAAGUUCAUCGCCGACCCAGACAUGUUCGGUGUCAGCUGUGUUGUGCCAGCGGAGAACUCAAAGAGCUUGCUGUGACGGCCCGUCGUCAUGGAAGGGACAUGUACAGAUGUGCUCGUAGUAGUGACUGGGGUGAUCUGCUGCCUGUGUUUCAUGCGGAAGAUGACGACUCUAAAAAUGAUGAGACGCAAUGAAACCUGCUGCGAUAAUCUAUUAAUUAGUGUUUGCAGAUGACAGCUGGAUUUUUGUAACGUUUAUUCCCAAAUACAGUGCUUCAUCUAUG